AUGUGUUUGACCUCGUCCUUCAAGCCUACGGUGGAAAGAACAGUGCGACCCGUGCCCGAGGCGGUGGGCGGUGCGCGGACGCGGGUGUUCAUACCAAGCAGAGAGCCUGGUGGGACCAUGCGUUGGCUGUGGAAGUCUGUGGAUAAGAUGCGCUGUUUGAGGAAGCGCACCACCCUCCCCCUGCUGGGCCUGCUGCUCACCUCCCUGCUGGUGCUCAACCUGUACAUGGAGGACGGAUAUGUGCUGGAGGAGAAGGCGCUACGGGACACCACCCCUCACUCCCCGAGCUCCGACAGAUACGUCCACAGCUUCAGAGACCUCAGCAACUUCAGCAGCUCCAUCAACGUCACCUACAGAUACUUAGCAGGGACGCCACUGACGCGCAAGAAAUUCCUCACAAUCGGCCUGUCGUCUGUGAAGCGAAAACGCGGGAACUACCUCCUGGAGACCAUCAAGUCCAUCUUUGACCAGUCCAGCUACGAGGAGCUGAAAGAGAUCGUGGUCGUGGUACAUCUGGCCGACUUCGACCUGGUUUGGUGCGAAUACCUGGUCCAGGAGAUAGCUCGCAAGUUUGCCCACCACAUCAUCGCCGGCCGCCUCCUCGUCAUCCAGGCCCCCGAGGAGUUCUACCCAUCUCUGGACGGUCUCAAACGCAACUACAACGACCCAGAAGACCGCGUACGAUUCCGCUCCAAGCAAAACGUGGACUACGCCUUCCUCCUGAACUUCUGCACCAACCUGUCCGACUUCUACAUGAUGCUGGAAGACGACGUGCGCUGCUCUCGGAACUUCCUCACCGCGCUCAAGAAGGUCAUAACGUCUCGCGAGGGCUCCUACUGGGUGACGCUGGAGUUCUCCAAACUCGGCUACAUCGGGAAGCUGUACCAUUCGCGCGACCUGCCGAGACUGGCCAACUUCUUGCUCAUGUUCUACCAGGAAAUGCCAUGCGACUGGCUGCUGAUUCAUUUCCGCGGUUUGCUAGCCCAGAAAGACGUCAUUCGAUUCAAGCCGUCGCUGUUCCAACACAUGGGGUACUACUCUUCGUACAAGGGCGCGGAGAACAAGCUCAAAGACGACGACUUUGAGGAGGAUUCGCUGGACAUUCCCGACAACCCUCCUGCGAAUUUGUACACCAACAUCAACGUGUUUGAGAACUAUGAUGCAGCGAAGGCGUACAGCUCCGUGGACGAGUAUUUCUGGGGAAAACCGCCGUCGACUGGAGACUUUUUCAUGAUCGUCUUUAACAAGUCGGCGAAAAUCAGCAAGAUCAAAGUGACCACAGGCUCUGACGAUCGGCAGAGUGACGUCUUGCAUCACGGAGCGCUGGAAGUGGGAGAGAAGUUGGUGGGGACUAAGAAAGGCAAACAGUGCUCCAGUUUUAUCACCAUCGGGGAGUUCAAAAAGGGAAAGGUCGAGGUGCAGGACGUGGACCGUAAGAUCGCGUUCAACAUCGAAUGCGUGAGGAUUGUCGUCACGGCGAACCAGAAAGAAUGGAUUAUAAUCAGGAGUAUAAGUAUAUGGACGACACUGCCCCAGAGUCAGUGA